UGAACUUCACAUCGAUCGCACCGUGGAUCAUACGAAGUAGCAGUGUGGCAUGGGAAAGUGUAAGUGCUACGGAUGAGCGUUGUCCAAAAUGUUCGCAUCCACGUGCUUAUUAUUUGCAAAUGCAAACUCGUUCUGCCGAUGAAGCCAGCACGAUUUUCUACAAAUGUUGCGACCCCAAGUGUAUGUAUACUUGGCGAGAAGGUUAAACUCCCAGUUUUUAAUUAUCGCAAGUGGAAAUACUCUUCUCCGAAGCCUUAUGACUUCUGCCUCGAUGGGUCCUGUGAAAGAGAGUUUGGAUAAUGCCAGAUCAGAAUUAAAGCUAAUCCCUUCAACAGAAAAGCAUUGGUUAUGCAGCGGCAACAGGAGUGUCGCCAUAGCAGCGACUCUGUUACAGCAGAGUAAAGUGAUUGCAAUGCCAACAGACACUGUAUAUGGAUUCGCUGCUUCAGCAUCUGAUGUGGAGGCUAUUCAGCGACUGUAUGACAUCAAGAAACGGGUCGAGAGUAAACCAUUGGCAAUCUGCCUGAGUAACGUCGACGAAGUGACACAGUGGGCAGUAACUAACGAAUUACCGCCCCUUUUAUUAGAGAAAUUGCUUCCUGGGCCUUACACUGUGAUCCUAAAACGCAAACCUAGCCUAAAUCCCGCACUCAACCCUGGCACCGACAGUGUAGGUAUCCGCGUACCAAAUUCCAAAUUCAUACGCAGUGUAGCGAAAAUAAUAGGCCCGAUCGCGCUCACCAGCGCGAACGUCAGCAAGGAACCGAGCAGUCUACAUCCCGACGAGUUUUCCACGUUGUGGCCUGAGCUCGACGGUAUUUUUUACGCAAUAACGAACACUAUGAAAAAGAAAGAUGCACGAAGAGUCGGUUCCACCGUGGUAGACUUGUCGCAGCCAGGCUGUUACGAGAUUGUACGCAAUGGUAUUGCCGCGAGGAUUAUCUCAGGCAUAUUGAAGAAAGCUGGCUUGAGAAAAGUACAACUGAAUGACACGACAACUUGCGAUUGCCAAGUGGCAGAUAUAAACACUUGUAAAGUAUAAGUAGGAAAAUAUAAGUUUAAUAUACCGUA